AAACGCACUCUGUUGUUGCUAGCUAAUGCGAGUGUGACGUUAGCUCGGCGGCGGCGCUAGUGUGAAGUCUGUGAGCCGAGUGAUGUGCAUGAGCAAUAUGAAGUAUGGAAGAAGACGAUGUCACGAUCAGAGAGCAGAAUUUCCACAGCCAAGUCCGGGAGUAUAUUAUCUGUUUCCUGCUGUUCGCCGUGCUGUACAUCGUGUCCUACUGCAUCAUAACUCGCUACAAGCGGAAGAGUGAUGAUCAUGAAGACGAAGAUGCCGUCGUUAACAGAAUAUCCAUGUACCUCUGUACGUUCACCCUGGCCAUAUCUGGAGGUGCCGUCCUGCUCCUCCCGUUCUCCAUCAUCAGUAACGAGAUCCUUCUCUCGCUCCCCAAGAACUACUACAUACAGUGGCUGAAUGGCUCGCUCAUCCACGGCUUGUGGAACCUGGUCUCGCUCUUCUCCAACCUGUGUCUCUUCGUCCUCAUGCCUUUUGCUUAUUUCUUCCUGGAGUCUGAGGGAUUCGCCGGGUCCAAAAAGGGUCUGAAGGCUCGCAUCCUGGAGACGUUUGUGAUGCUGUUCCUGCUCGCUCUGCUCAUCCUGGGCAUCGUCUGGGUCGCGUCUGCGCUCGUCAACAACGACGCCGCCAGCAUGGAGUCUCUCUAUGACCUGUGGGAGUUCUACCUGCCCUACUUGUACUCGUGUAUCUCUUUGAUGGGUGGCUUGCUGCUUCUCAUGUGUACUCCAGUGGGAUUGUCUCGGAUGUUCACCGUCAUGGGCCAGUUGCUCGUCAAACCCACGAUUCUGGAGGAUUUAGACGAACAGUUGGACUGCAUCCAGCUCCAGGAAGAAGCUCUGCGGCAGAAGCUCAAUGGUUCCGCGUCCCUGUUACCCGGCGCCUCCCAGAGUCUGCACAGAGAACUGGAGAACGUCUGCUCGCAGAGACGCAAACUGGAGAGGAGGAAGAAGGCGUCAAUUUGGGAGAAGAACCUCCUCUACCCCAUCGUCAUGCUAAUACUGCUCGCUGGCACGGCGAUCUCUGUGCUUUUGGUGGCACUGAACAUUUUGUAUCUGCUGUUGGAUGAAACUGCGCUACCUAAAGGAUCAGCGGGUCCUGAGAUUGGGAAUGCAUCUCUCUCUACGUUUGGAGUCGUGCAGGCCGUGAUUGAAAUCAUCCUCAUGAUCUACCUGAUGGUCUCCUCCGUCGUGGGAUUCUACAGCCUUCGUAUCUUUCAGGGACUCACACCCAGGAAGGACGACACCACCAUGACCACCAUCAUCGGGUGCUGUGUGUCCAUCCUGGUCCUGAGCUCUGCGCUCCCCGUCAUGUCCCGAACUCUUGGUAUAACCAGGUUCGACCUGCUGGGAGAUUUCGGACGCUUUAACUGGUUGGGGAAUUUCUACAUCGUGUUGUCGUAUAACCUGCUGUUCGCCGUCGUCACCACGCUGUGUCUCAUCACCAAGUUCACCUCCGCCAUCCGCGAGGAGCUGCUCAGAGCGCUCGGUCUAGACAAACUGAAUCUGUCCACUAGUCCCACUGAGCCCAAGACGAACAAGCUAGCAGCUAACGGCCAUCAGAAGACACUCUGAACUCCUUUCUGUCUCACACACACACACACACACACACACACACACACACACACACACACACACACACGCAGUAAUCUAGAGUAUGGCUGGAGAUUUUAAGACGCCUUAUAACCACACACACACACACACAUUCCUUUGACAGCAUUUUCAUUAAGUCACUUUAUUUAAGGUUCUACCUUCACCUUUUCUUUUCAUCUUAAACACACACACACACACACACACACACGAUGUUAGAAGUUUGCGCAUUUUUAAUGCAGUUUUAAAGUGUAGAUUUUGUUUUCUUCUUCAUGCUGUGAAUAAGCGGGUAAAAGUGAAAGCGUAACGAUGUAUUUAUGUCCAUAUGUAUAUUCUUUUUUUUUUUUUUUUGCCAUUGUGUAAACUUUUGUACAGUGUAUUUUUUGUUUGUUUGUUUGUUUGUUUGUUUGUUUGAUGUCCUGAAAUUCACCUCUGAUGCCUUAUGAAACAGGGGAGGAUCCAUGCAGGCGCUUAAACUGUCGUCACACACUGCGUGUGUGUGUGUGUGUGUGUGUGUGUGUGUGUGUGUGUGUGUGUGUGUGUGUGUGUGUGUGUGAGGCAUGUGCCGACCUGCUGAUUUGACACUUGUUCUAAUGAGUCAAAUAAUUUAGUUAAAUCAAGUACGAAUGUGUGCGUCAGCAUCAGAUCAGAUCCGGUCUUUGGUUCACCAGAACCAGGUUUACGUGAUGGUGUUUAAUGUACGUACCGGUCUUUGUAUUUUGACUCAUUAGGACGACUAACGAUUCAGUUCAAUUAAAAAUUUAUCAGGAUUUCCUUGUUAGAGUUUAGAAGUUCUACUGAAUCAAACAGAAAAAUCAUACGUGAUACAAUCAGCACCUCUUAAUUUGAUUCAUUAGAACAUGAAUUGAUUUACUAUGGUAAACUAAGUACUGUUUAAUUAAAUUAUGGUAUUUAACGUACCAAUUAUUCUUGAUUUGAGUGUUGAUCCAGUUCAGAUUAACUCGAGUACUCAUGUGUUAAUCGUCACGAUUCUCUCGUUGGAGUCAUGCCAUUUGAUCCGCUACUUAAUUUGUUCUUUUCUUGUGAGUCAAAUGGGAAAAAAAAUCACACUGGUAUUUGAUUCACCAAACACGAGAAAUAAAUCAGUAACUAAUACAAACCUCGUGUUGAUCAGUUCUGUUGAAUCAGUUCCAGAGUUUUAACAGAAAGAAACUAACACAUCAGUACUCGACUCUCAGAAUUGAGGUUGGCUCUAAUAAUUCAUUCAUUAGAUUCAUUAGAACAAAUCACCUCACUAAUACCUGAUUCACAGGAACCAGAGUGACACAUUAUCUCUUUUUCAAACUGAACGAACUCGUUACUAUUUGAUUUGCUCCACAAGCAUUGAUUCGAAAACGUUUCAAAUACUGUUGUUACUGAAAUUUCCAGACUGCUAUUUAAUUCAACACAACCAAAUAAACACAUAAAUCUCGAACUAAACUGAAUUAAUGGCUUUUUUAUUUUAUUCAUUAGAACUUGAUUCAGUUUGGUAAAUGAAUCAAAUAAUGAUAUUUAAUGCACCAGUCUGUCUAUUUGACUCAUCAGGACGACUAAUAAUCGAGUUAAAAUGAUCUCAAGUACUGAUUCUCUCAUUUGAGUCAUGCAGUGUUCUAUUCUAGUGAGUCAAAUGGAAACAAGUGAGUCAAAUAUGUUUGGCGAAUAAAAUCCAGGUAUAUUUAAGAUUUUGCUGAUUAAUUUAUUUCAGACUGGUGUUUAAUUUAACAGAACUAAAUGAACAGAAUAGUCACUAAGGUAACCAAAAACCGAAUCAACACCUUACUACAGUAUUUGGUGCUGAAUUAGAAAAGGAGUUAAUUCAGUUUGGUAAAAUCAAGUCGAACUGUUUAAACAAUCUUGAUGCUGAAGUUUGUUCCUGUAAAUCAAUUAGUACAUUAGUAAUUUACCUUAAUUUACCAAACCUUACUAUUUGAUUCAUUAGAACACAGAUUGAUUCAAUUGUGAAUCUGAUUCAAUUGUGAACCAGGUUCCGGUGUGAUGGUUGGUCAGAUAAACCAGCGCAGGUCCAAUGUAUCGUAGAUUUGAAGGGCGUCUUCGGCACAUGCCUGCCGAGCGCUGACGUGGGUGACGACUGCGUCUGCGAGCACCUUUUUAUAGACAAAUUCACUGUGACCCCUCAUGUGACCGUCGAAGAAUAAAAGAGCGCCCUGUUUACAAUGCCAGAGACGAAAUGACGUCUUCGCCAGUCUCUCAUAUUUUUUUUUUUUACGGAUCUCACAUGAGGGACACAGAAUUUACAUCCUGUGUAAAAGGUCAUUUAUUAAAUCUUAAUUAUCGAAUAAGCUGACUGGUCACAUUUUAUGUUUGAAUGUAACACAUUUCUGAAGGAAGAUUGUUGUCGUUUUUUUUUUUGUAGUUAAGUGUGUGUACACAGUAUGCAAGUUUUUUCCUUUUUUUGUACAAAGUCAAUGUAUGAUAUGCAAAUCAUUAUGUCUCUCUCAUUUUUUCUUUUGUCUGGCCAUUUUUUAACUUCUGGACUGUAAAUAGAAAUGCACCGAUAGUAAUAUUGUCGCUGAGGGAAGGUUUGUAUAUUAUACUGUGAAAAGAGCUUUUUUUUAAAAAAGAAAAUCAACAAAAAAAUCCAUUACAGGCAGCAAGUUUCUUUCUCUUUUUUUUCCUUUGUUUUCUGGUCUGUUGUUUCACAUUUGUUUGGAAAUAAAUGUUCUUUUCUCAA